AUGAGACCGAGAGGAGCAAAGUCGGGAUCAUGAGAGCUCUUUGCGACCGACAAGAUCCGUCAACUAAGGAUGUGGAUGACUUGAUGAUAAGGCGGUUUUUGCGGGCGCGUGACCUCGACAUUGAAAAGGCUUCAACCCUAUUUCUCAAGUACUUGGCUUGGAAAAAAAGCUUUCUCCCAAAGGGUCACAUAGCGGAAACAGAGAUUGCGAAUGAUCUGUCGCAUAAGAAGGUGUGUCUUCAGGGACAUGAUAAGAUUGGUCGACCUAUCGUUGUUAUCUUUGGGAACAAACAUAACCCUUCCAAAGGCAACCCUGAAGAGUUCAAGCGUUUUGUGGUCUACACGCUCGAGAAGAUAUGCGCAAGAAUGCCAAGAGGGGAAGAAAAGUUCAUAGGCAUUGGAGAUCUCCAAGGAUGGGGAUAUGCUAAUUGUGACAUCCGUGGCUACGUCGCUGCUCUAUCCAUUUUACAGGAUUGUUACCCGGAGAGACUAGGGAAACUCUAUAUAGUUCAUGCUCCCUACAUUUUUAUGACCGCAUGGAAAAUGAUUUACCCGUUCAUCGACAACAACACCAAGAAAAAGAUUAUUUUCGUGGAGACCAAGAAACUCACUCCCACUCUACUUGAAGACAUAGACGAAUCACAACUUCCAGACAUCUAUGGAGGCAAACUCCCCCUUAUUCCUAUCCAAGACACCUAA